GGAGCGGUUCGGCCUCGUUCUUGUCCGCGCCGCGAUUUCGUUGCCGCCAAGCAAAUAAAAUCUCCCAAUCCGUCCUUCUCCCCCCACCCAGGACAUCCCGCUAUCCUCAUCCCGUCGAUCCAACCCAGAGGAAAUCCAGAUGGAUCGCCGCCGUCCUGCAGCUGCCGGCUUCGUCUCCCCCGACCCCGAUGUCCACCAGCUCCCGCGCCCUUCACCGGCCACGGAGACCGCCGGAUCUGCCACUUCUUCACCCCGCUGCGCCACGCCGGCGGCGGAACGCGUCGUCCCCCGAGCGCCGCCGCGGCAGGGGCGUCGACCCGCAAGAGGAGUCACGUCGAGGCCUUCGGCAGCACCGAGGAGUACGAGGAGACCUGCAGCCUCGGCGAGGGCGGCUUCGGCGCCGUCGCCAAGGUGCGCCACCGCGUCACCGGCGAGACCGUCGCCAUCAAGCGCCUCACCGAUCCCGAAGACGAAUUCUGCCGCGAGGAGCUGCUGCGGGAGGCGCGCUUCCACGAGGCCUGCGGCGCCCACCCGUUCAUCGUCGGCUUCCACGGCGUCGUGCGCGACCCGGCCACCGCGGAGCUCCGCCUCGUCAUGGAGUGCGUCGGCGGGCCAAGCAUCCACGGAUUCCUGCGCGACCAGGGGAGCCGCGGCCGCCUGCCGCUCCCGGAGGCCACGGUGCGCGCCGUCAUGUGGCAGCUGCUGACGGGCGCCAAGGCGAUGCACGAGAAGCACAUCUUCCACCGCGACAUCAAGCCGGAGAACCUCCUCAUCAGCGACGACGGCAGGACCGUCAAGAUCUGCGACUUUGGGAUGGCCAUGUCCCUGUCCGAGGCGCCGCCGUACGAGCCGGACGCCGGCACGCUCUGGUACAUGGCGCCCGAGUUGCUGCUGGAGAAGGAAGACUACAACGCGCUCGUCGACACCUGGGCUUUGGGCUGCGUCAUGGCCGAGCUCAUCAACGGGAAGAUGCUGUUCGACGAGGGCCGCGACGAGGAUGGGCAGCUCCGCGAGAUCUUCGAGGUGCUCGGCUACCCAGACGACAGGACGUGGCCGUGGUUCUCGUCCACGCCGUUCGCCAUCGAAUUGCUGCCGGAGCUGGAUGUGCACCAUCGGAACCACUUGCGCGAGAUGUUCCCUGAGGCAGUGCUGUCCCAGCAAGGAUUCGAGGUCCUGAGCGGCCUUCUCACCUGCAACCCCGACGAGCGGCUCACGGCGGCGGCCGCGCUCAAACACCCAUGGUUUGCCAAGGUCGACGCGCUGGAACUGCCGAGGAAAGAAGAGGUGUCAUCGGCGUUGCCCAAGAAGGAGAUGCUCGUGGUUCCUUGUGCGUGACUUAUUUUGAGAGUGUCCGUAGUUUGAGUGUUUGAAGUUUGACUA